AUGCCGCUAAGUUGUGGUGCUAGGGCACUAAAGUUUUCAUUAUUCAUUUUUAACCUCGUCUUUUUGUUAUGCGGUCUAGUAUGCGUUGGUAUGGGCACAUGGCUAUUGGUGGAUCAAUCGGCACUUGAUUCGAUUGCUUUAGCCACAUCGAAAGUUCAAGGCUACGAUCAAGAUCCCGGACUUCGAGAUUUAGCGACAAAACCGAUAGCCGUUCGUCAAAUCGGAAAAGUUUUGUUGUUCGGCGGAGUCCUUGUGAUCAUCAUCGCGUUCUUGGGGUGUUGUGGGGCGGCGAAAGAGUGGAGGCCUCUAUUGUGCUGUUAUGCAACUUGUUUAAUGGUCAUCCUGGCGACGGAAAUAGCGGCGGCGAUCUAUGCGGCUCUACACAGUCACAUGUUUGACAAAGAUUUCCGAGAGAUUCUCCGAGCCUCUCUCAAAAUGUACAAUGGAACCGAUGCACCGAGGAGGUACAAAGAUGAUCACGAUGCUGGGUCAAAAAGCGACGCUUUUCUUGUCAAAGCUGCCUGGGACAAGUACAUGAUUGAUAAAAAAUGUUGUGGUGUCGAUUCGGUGAAAGGAGAGUUCAAUCACACUGGAUGGUACACAUUGAUGAGAGGAAAAUACGAGUUCCCACCGGCGUGCUGUCGACCCGAUAAAGCCGGACGAUUGCAACCACAAUGUUUCGAGAUAAUGAGAUACAAAGAUGGCUGCUAUGAGCGGAUGGUCGAAUCGUUUAGAGAGCUCAGCUUGCAUUUCAAAAUCGUUGCAUGGAUCGUUGUUUUUAUUGCUUUUAUACAGGUUUUCGGCAUCAUUGUUGGCUUUUGGCUUUGUGACUCGAUCACCUCCGAUGAUGAGGCUUUU